AUGUAUGCUGUGGAGAAGAAAUUCGAAAUCGAAAUGAAGCUGAAAAGGGAAAUGACGAACAUGCAAGAAUUAAAGGCGGCAGCAAAGAAAAGUUCAACGCUCGCUAAUGAUGUAUGUAAUGUAUUGGGUGCCUGUGAACAGAGACUCCAACAGCUGGAGACUGCUGUUCUACCUUUAUAUGGUGACACAGCUAGACUUCAGCAAAUACAUCACAAUAUGGAACGUACAGUUACUGCUUUAGACCAUGUAAUUAAUUAUUAUAUGGUGUCCAGAGAGCUAGUGGAUCUUAUACAAGCUGGACCUCAUACAAGUUCUACAGAAACACUAAACAUAUAUGUGGAGGCUCUCGAUAAAUUACAAGAAGCUCAAAAUUAUUUCAACAAAAAUAAUCCUCAAAGUGUUGAAUUAGAGAAUAUUAACCAGUUAUACAAUACUGGAGUACUGAAAUUAGAAAAUGCUUUUGAGGAACUUUUAAGUCGUAAUACAAGACCAUUAUCUCCAACUACCCUCAUGGAUAUGAUUGCUUUGGAGGAAGAUUCCAGUGUGGACAGCGUGAGUGUAAGCAACAGCAACUCGACAACGAACACCGCGCUAGAGACGAUGCGGGCGGCGGCGACGUGGCUCAGCGACGCGGGGCGACCGCCGGCCGGCCCACUGCUGGCCAUACGUGGGCCGGCGGCUUUGAACUCGCUCGUGGCCUUCAAGGACUACUUGCGGUCCAGGUCCAUGGCAGCUUCACCAUUAAUGAGAAAUAAAAAUAUGCUAAACCGCACAGACAGCACUCAGAGAAGAACUAGCAAAAUUCAAAAAGUAUUGGAGAAACGAGCUAUCAACAUAAUGAUGAAGGCGUCCCAAACCCUGGAACAGUCCACUGGACUGGCCAUUGGUCCGAGACGGUCUAUUAAUGAAGCAUACGCGGAGUCGUCGCACUGCGCGGCGGACGAGCGCGCGGCGGAGGCGGCGGCGUCGCUGGCGGCGGCGCUGGUGCGCGUGGCGCGGCGCGAGCAGCGGCACGCGCUGGGCCUGGUGCCGCUGGCGCGCCUGCCCGCGCUGCUCGCCGCGCUGCUCAAGGACUGCCACGCGCUGCUCGCGUCGGAGGUGGAGCGCGUGUGCCAGCGGGCGCGGCGCGCGGCGGCGCGCUGCGCGGCGGGCGCGGCGGCGGGCUGGGCGCUGGCGGCGCGCCUGCAGCGCCUGGCGCCCGACGCGGCGCGCGCGCUGCACCCCGCGCCGCCCGCGCCCUACCACGCCAUCGUCGCCGCCUGCAACCACCAUUGCGUGCGGUCGCUGGAGGAGUGGGUGGAGGGCGUGCGCGGCGACGGCGCGGCGGGCGCCGUGGACGGCACCGUGCACCAGCUGGCCGCCGCCGCGCUCGCCUACUGCCACGCGCUCGCCGACCGCGUGCACGUCAUCGGGCCGGCGCUGGCGGGCGAGGCGGCGUACGCGCGCGCCGCGGCCGCGCUGCCCGCCGUGCAGGACCGCAACGCGCUCAUGCUCGCGCUCUACAUGCGCAAGGUGCUGGCGCAGCUGAACCUGACGCUGCGCAACAAGAGCGAGCAGUACCCGGACGCGCUCAAGGCGAUAUUCCUCCUCAAUAACACGCUCUAUUUGUUACAGGGCCUCCAGCGCGGCGCGCUGCUGGACGUGCUGUCGCUGGCGGAGCCCGACUGCGAGAAGAACUACCGCGACAUGAUACAGGACUACAAGAACGCGUAUUUGCAGAGUUGGAACAAGAUUCUGUCGCACCUGGUGCUGGACGAGGCGCUGCCCGCCAAGCUGCGCGACAAGGACAGGCAGAUGUUGAAGGAUAAGCUCUCUGCGUUCAACCGCGAGUGGGAGGAGGCGACGCGCGCGCAGCGCUCGUACAGCGUGCCCGACGCCGAGCUGCGCGAGGAGCUGAAGCGCGCCAACAAGCAGGCGCUGCUGCCGCGCUACACCGCGCUGCACGCCGCCGCCGCCGCCGCGCCCUUCGCCAAGCACCCCGACAAGUACCUCAAGUACGCGCCGCUGCAGAUAGCAGCACAGCUCGACGGAUAUUUUGAUGAAGCGGCU